AUGGGAGACCCUCCCAAUAGUGCAGAUAUAUCAGUAUCUGUAACUACAAAAAAUUCCUUUUGGAAUAAAAAUGAAAGUGAGAUCGCGCGGCAAUCCGAUGUAAAGCGCAUGUAUGAUAUAACGCACACUCUAGAAGAAGCAAUAAACCGAAGUCUAAGACUAGUAAAUAGACGCGCGACAAGCAAUACCACCGCGAUUAACGAAAUGGCAGCCGGGGUUAAUGCAAACCUUGAGGCAAUAAAUAAUCGCAUUGAUACGUUAUCCCGUAAAGUAUCCCAAGUCGAAACCAACUUGGACAUGAACUCCACUAAUAACACCUUAGAAUCAGCUAACCAAACGUUAGCAGAUAUUCAAACACAGGAAGCAAUUGACGAUACAAUUGGUGGUGAAGCAGAUCAAAUUAAUAUGAUUAAUGUACUUGAAAAGGAUGGAAUCAUGUCCACAUACAAAGAUGAAUCGGUAGUUACUUUUGAUACAUGGGCACAAAAAUUUAAGGACCUGCUUGACUGUGCACCAGCAAAUUGGGAUGAGGCCACAAAAUUACAUAGACUUAAAUUCCAUUUAGAGGGUACAACCAGGUCCAUUUUUGAUAAACUUAGGCCAAACGAAAAAGAUACGGUUUCAAAUGCCUUAACUGCUAUUAGGUCAAAAUUAGCAGCUCCACAUAGGUUAGAAAUUUCAAAAAGGGAAUUAAUGAUGUGUAAGCAAAGAAAUAAUGAAACUGUCAAAGAAUUCAUGACUCGGUUAGUCCCAUUAGUACGGGCCACUUUUGAAAAUGAAACUGAAGCACAGAAGCAGGCCAAAAUUCGCGAAGAAUUUUUAGAGAGAUUAAGGCCUAAUAUAAGCUUUCUAAUUAGAAUAGUAGGAUCUGCCAAAGACCUAGAUGAGUUAUACGCAAAGGCACAAGAAAUAGAAGUAUUAACCGCGACUAACGAAUCGUUUUCACUUGACAACCCGAGGGGUUUAGCUAAUUCAAUUAACAUAAUUCAAAACCCUAAACUUCCUGAAACUAAUAUUAAUUCCUGGGUACGAAAUCCAAAUCAGAAUAAUCAAUAUCAAUCAUCAUCAACCAAUAAUUGGCCACAACGACAAUAUAACUCAAGUCAAUUCAAUACUCAGAAGCGAGACAACAACUACAAAAGACAACCUCAAAAUAACUGGAACCAAACCAACUUUCAAAGGAGGAACCAAUUUCAAAAUAGGAACAUGAAUGAUCGUAGAUGGAGUGGAAGACCGGUAUGUCAACACUGCAGAAAGGUGGGUCAUAGCUCUUAUAAUUGUUUCAGGCGAAAUCCACCUACUACAACUCAGACAUGGCAAAAUAAUAGAAAUUCUUCAUACCCGAACAGACAAAAUCAGAACCCGAAUAAAAUUCCACUCCCAAUAAAUUAUGUGGAACAGAACUACCAACAUUAUUCACAAGAACCUCAAUAUAUCCCGCAAAGGCAAAUUGUGCAUGCCUCGGCAUACCCGAUAAUUCAACAAAUUCCCAACCCUGCACAACAAAAUCUAAACAUCUCAGAACUUGCAAACCAAUUAGCUAAGCAAUUAAGUCUAACUCAAACUAGCAAAAAAGACUCUGUAAAUACAAUAAGUGAACAUCAAGCAAUAAUAAGUAAAGAAGUAGAAACCGAACAUAAAGAACAAUUAACAAACUCUAACUCUAAAGAUAUGAAACCACAAAAUAAAGCAUUAACGCCAAACGCGCAAACAGUCCAUUUCCGAAACAACCAUUAAUAUGUCAAACAAGAGAACAUG